GAGAGAGAAAGGUUUUAAAAUUUCAUUUCUUUAAAGUCUAGAUAAUGCCAGGAGUGUUUAAUUUUCAAACAGCGCCUUCCCGACAGUUGCUUUUCCCGCUGCGCGCCACUUUCAAACUGUUUCAAACACAUCUCGCGGUACAGACAGGGCCUCCCUCACUUCUUACAUUAAAGUUCUCUGUGGGUCAAAACAUUUUCUCAGAAGAAUUGAGACAAAUAUUUGUAUUUGGAGUUGCAUAAAAUAACAUUCUUGCAACAGUUCAGGUCAUGCCUCUCACACUUAUUUAACCCUAAAAGCGUAUUCACCCAGGCAUGCAAGUGAAGUGUGGGCCACUACAGGAUCGGGUGAUUUUGUUGCACCUCUUGUUGUCCUUCUCACUCUUCAACAGAGGUAGGGGGCUUAUGAUUAUCUCCGUCUCCGUCGCACCUUUAUUCAUACGUAGUACCGGCUAGCCCCCGUUUUCAAAGAAAGUGACAACUGUCGGGAAAUGUCCAAGCCAAAUUUUUGGAGAUUAAAAAGAAAAGCCAAGGACAAUGCCCAGUCAGUCGACGUGAAGACUCCAAAAAUAUCUCAGAAAACAAUAUCAAGCUUUUUCCGUUCAAAACCAGAACCCACUAACCUUCUGGGUGGACAGUCUGAGAAAGAGGAUUCAGAAUCAUCACAAUCUUCAAGUCAGCCCAAGCGUCAAAAAUUACAAGACGAGUCAUGUGCAUUAACACUUGAAAAAGUACCAGUAAAAUUAUCGGAUAGUGCUUUAUCAAAACUUCAAAGCUUUUCAACUUCAUCAAAAUCUUAUGAAGACAAUGAAACAAUCCAAAGUAAUCUGAGACCAGCUAAAAAUAUUCCUAAAACCUCAUCUGCCUGUAAUGGUGGUAGAACAAAACCAGAUGAUGAUAGUGAAAAUGAAGAUGACCCUGAUACGGUUGUAUCAUCAAACAUUAAGUUUGAUGCAUUUAGAUCCAAUUCUCAAGGAAAACGUUCUUCUCAAAAUGUGGUAUGCCAAGGUAAAACGGGAAAGGUCAAGUAUACUCCCUUAGAACAGCAAGUAAUGGACCUUUGGAAGCAGCAUCCUGGCAUCCUUCUUUUCAUUGAAUGUGGGUACAAAUAUAGGUUUUUUGGAAAUGAUGCUGAAAUUGCAGCUCAAGAGCUCAAUAUAUACGCUCAUAUGGAUCAUAAUUUUAUGACUGCAAGUAUUCCUGUGCAUCGCUUACAUGCACAUGUAGCUCGUCUUGUUGAAAAAGGACAUAAAGUUGGCAUUGUUAAACAAAGUGAGACUGCUGCCCUUAAAGCUAUGAGUGACAACAAAAAUGCCCCAUUUACUCGUAAAUUGGAAAACCUCUUCACUCGUGCUACUCUUAUAGGCGAAGAUGUGGACUCAAUUGAUCAACAAAAUUUGCUCUUGGAUGGGGUUUUAAGUGCUGGGCACAUAUUCUGUCUUAAUGAAACUCAUCAAGAUGCCAAAACAACCAACAUUAUAUUUGUGGCCAUCAAUCCAUCCACAGGAGAGUGCACAUAUGAACAAUUUUCCGACAACAGUGGCCGUGAAGAACUACACAAGCGCCUUCAAAUGAUAAAUCCUGCAGAAAUAUUGUGCCCUCCUGCUGUAUCUAAAGAUACUGAGAGACUGCUUAACCACAGCCAAGCACGAAUUGAAAAACUACCAUUGGAAUGGUUUGAAACUACAAGUGCUUUAACACGAGUAACCAGCUAUUUUGCUAAGGGCAACUAUGAAGCAGGAGCUCUUGAAGGACUAACUGAUUUACCUUCUCCUGUAUUGGCUUGUUUAGCAGCUAUACAGCAGCAUUUGGAAGAAUUUGGUUUACACCGGGCUAUUAGACCAGACUGUCUCCAAGCAUUACCAUCAGGCAAAGGCUUUCUUCAUUUGGAUUCUUCUACCAUACGCAACCUGCAGUUAUUUACUAAUGACUGUGGAAGUGGUGAAGGCAGUUUAUUUUGGGCUCUCAAUCACACAAAAACUAAGUUUGGAGCUAGACUUCUUCAUAAAUGGAUUGCCCAGCCGGUUUGUAACAGGGAAGUUUUAGAGGACAGGCAAGAGAAAUUGACUGAGCUGCUUCAAACUGAUCAUGAAAUUCUUACUCAACUCAAGGGAAUAUUGUCAAAUUUACCCGAUAUUGAGAAGGGGUUGACAACAAUUCUUCACAAUAAGUGUAAUCCAAUACAAUACUACACCAUUCUAGAGGCUUUAUGCACUAUGAGAUCAGAUCUGUUGUCACUAUCAACAUUUGUUGAACAAGAAAAUAACUGUCCACUCCUCUUCCAAUUGAUAAAAGAGACUGUUGCUUUGCUUGAUGAUGUCCAGGCAUACAGAGAUAACAUCAAUGUUACAGCUGCUAAGGAGGGAAAUAAAACAAAAUUGUUGAAAGAUUUUUCUGCGUUUCCCAAUGUUUUGAAAUUUAUGAGUGAUAUUAAAGAUACAACUGGGGCAUUAGAUGACUUAAGACCUGAAAUUGCUUCAAAACUUUCUUUAUUUUCUGUUCAGUACACUUCUGUGUCUGGUCAGGAAUAUCUUAUCGAAGUUAAGAACACAAAUGCUAAAUGUGUUCCAGCAAAUUGGAGAAAGAUCAGUAGCACAAAGCAAGUUGGGAGGUACAGGCCUCCAGCUGUUGAUAAAUUAUUUGGGGAGCUCCAAUGUCUACGAGAAAUGUUGAAGACAGAGUGCAAUCAAGCCUGGAUUGGCUUGCUGCAAGAAUUUAGUCAACAGUAUUUUAGACAUAAGCAGGCCGUUAAUAAAGUUGCUACCAUGGAUGUCCUUCUUUCAUUAGCUCAUGUUGCUCAACAAGAGGGGUACUGCAGACCUAAAAUAGUGGAAGGCGACAACUGCAAAAUAAUUAUAAAGAAAGGAAGACAUCCAGUUAUUCCUCUAUUAUUGGCCAGUGCUGGACAGUUUGUCCCUAAUGAUACACAAUUAGAUAGUGCUGGGGAAUGUUGCAUGGUUUUAUCAGGCCCAAAUAUGGGAGGCAAAUCAUGUUAUAUCCGUCAAGUUGCUUUAAUUGCUCUUUUAGCACAUAUUGGUUCAUAUGUACCUGCUGAGUAUGCUGAAAUUUCUUUGUUGGAUUCAAUUUUCACGCGAAUGGGUGCACGUGAUGAAUUAUUUCACGGUCGGAGUACUCUUAUGGUUGAGUUAGAAGAAACUGCAGCAAUUCUUCAAAAAGUUUCUAGAAACUCUCUUGUUCUGCUCGAUGAACUAGGUCGAGGAACAGGGUCAUGUGAUGGAUCUGCUAUUGCAUGUGCAACGUUACGCCACAUUGCAAUUGAGAUUAACUGUCUUUCGUUGUUUGUUACUCACUACCCCUCGGUGAUGGACACAGCAAAUGAGCUGGAUAAAAAAGCUGCAAAUUAUCACAUGUCAUUUGUCUUGCACAAUCAGGAUGAAACUGAGUUCCUCACGUUUCUGUAUGAAGUUACUAAGGGUGCAGCUGACCGCAGUUAUGGCAUUAAUGUGGCAAGGCUAGCCAAUUUGGACAGGAAUUUACUUCAAAGAGCUGCAACUAUUGCAGCUGAUUUGGAGAAACAGGCUCGUCAACGAAGAGAUUUAAGGCAUUCAUUCUCAGCAAUGUGGAAUGAACACCAGCAUUGACUCACCAUUAGCCUUAUUGUGAUGAACACCAAGUUUGAGCUGUCAUGGCUGCAAACUCACUUGCAUGAAAAUUACACUGGUUGUAUGAUUGAGUUUAUAUUAUACAUCACAUUAUUGUAAGCUGUGUAUCAUGAACUGGAAAUUAUUUGCAUCAAAUUCAGUUCAUGAUACAAAGUUUGCAAGUUAAACUAAACUGAUGUUGCCCUGCCUCUUAAAAUCAUUAAUUACUGUGAA